UCCAUGUAAACAAACACAAAGCACACACUGGGCAUGCGUCACUGGAAUAAUGGAGGACUGUCUUUGCUCCCCGGACUGAUGAUGUCUGUAUUUCUACUCUACUACCUGUGAUCUGAGAAAAUAACUCGUCAACAUUUCAGCGUGUGUAAGAGUUCAGGCCAAAGUAACAAUCCCAAGAUGACCACAGACAUGCCAGCCCAAAGCCUGGGCUCGAGGAUAAUGGCGUUCACCCCCUCCAAAGAGGAGUUCAGGGACUUCAGCCGGUACAUUGCCUAUAUGGAGUCACAAGGAGCACACAAAGCUGGAAUGGCAAAAGUUAUUCCACCGAAAGGCUGGAAACCUAGACGGACAUAUGAUGAUAUCGAUGACCUAGUGAUUCCUGCUCCCAUUCAGCAGGUGGUGACCGGCCAGUCAGGACUGUUCACACAGUACAACAUCCAAAAGAAGCCAAUGACUGUCCACGAGUUCCGCAAGACCUCCAACAUGGACAAGUUCUGCAAUCCCCGAUACGUAGAUUUUGAGGAGCUGGAGAGGAAGUUUUGGAAGAACCUGACCUUCAACCCACCCCUUUAUGGGGCUGAUGUCAGUGGAACGCUGUAUGAUCCAGAUGUGACUGAAUGGAACAUCGGCCGUCUCAACACCAUUCUGGACACUGUGGAGAAUGAGAGUGGGAUCAAGAUCAAGGGAGUCAACACACCAUACCUCUAUUUUGGGAUGUGGAAGAGUGCCUUCGCGUGGCACACAGAGGACAUGGAUCUGUACAGCAUCAACUACCUGCACUUUGGAGAGCCAAAGUCCUGGUAUGUUGUCCCACCAGAGCAUGGGAAAAGACUGGAGCGACUUGCCAAGGGUUUCUUUCCAGGGAAUGCUCAGAGCUGUGAAGCCUUCCUGCGCCACAAGAUGACUUUAAUUUCACCCUCAAUCCUGAAAAAAUAUGGCAUACCAUUUGAGAAGGUCACUCAGGAGGCUGGUCAGUUCAUUGUGACGUUCCCAUUUGGCUAUCAUGCUGGUUUCAACCAUGGCUUCAACUGUGCUGAGUCGACCAACUUUGCCACCCAGCGUUGGAUUGAUUACGGCAAACAGGCGACACUGUGUUCGUGCCGUCAGGACAUGGUGAAGAUCUCCAUGGAUGUGUUUGUACGCAGGUUUCAGCCCGAUCGUUACAAGCUGUGGAAAGCAGGGAAAGAUAACACUCCUAUCGACCACUCCAAACCCACACCGGAGGCUGCUGAGUUUCUGAAAGAAGACAAGACGGAGCCUUCAAAAGAGAGUCCCAGUGAAGCUGGAUCUGAGGAGCCCACUACUCCUGUCCAGGAGGACAAAAGUCCAAAGCCUCAGGCUGGGACAAAGCGUCAGCUUGAUGCUAUUGAAGCCUCUGAAGACAUCAAACCUGAGCUGACCGUGAAGGAGACUGAGGAGGUGGAGCCACAGAAGGCCAAGCUGUCACGCAAGGAGUCUCUAACUAAAGUCCCUGUCAAGCCAGAGAAAGACGCAGACAAAGUCACGGCGGAGCCUAAGAAGGAGAAAGACGCCAAGACGCAGACUAAAUCUCAGUCCAAAGCCAGCACUAAGAAAACUUCAAACAGACGAAGUCCUUCAAAAAAAGAGAAGUACAGCGUGUCGGCUGCAGACGUCUGUCCUCCUGAGCCUGUUGAGAGCCAGGUGGUGGCUCUGUGCUCUGAGGAGGCAGGCAGCAGCGAGGAACCUCAGCUGGGCAGCAGCUGCAGCCCGGCACACAAACUGUUUCAGAGGACGCUGAGCCCCGCGGACGUCCUGCACGUUCACAGCUAUGCCAAAGGAGACUAUGCAGAGGGAGAAGCCCUGCCCAAGGAGGAGAAGAAGAGUGAGGGCAGUGACAACGAAAUGGAGAAAGACAACAGACAUUUUAGCAAAGCACAGGUGGCAGAAGAGGUGGCUGCAGAUGGACAGCCAGAGAGUGAUCUGGGGCAGCUGCCAGGCCACCAUCCACUACUAAAGGACGGCAUGAGUGACGAAGAGGCUCAGGAGUCCCCCCCAGUAGAGGAGGGUGGUCUUGAAGGGGAGAGCUGGGCUAAACCUCUGGCUCACCUGUGGCAGAGCAGACCUCCCAACCUGAAGAAAGAGAAGGAGUACAACCAGCACAUGGGCUCCAAACCUCCAUACUGCUCCAUCUGCAUGCUGUUCCACACGUACCAGCAGACUGAAUGUGCGAACAGUGUAGACAGUCCUGUCGUGGUGGCUGGUGGGCGGAUGCGGACCAAACCUCUGAUCCCAGAGAUGUGUUUCACCACCACCACAGAGGAGGACUCUGAGUGUGAGGAGCAGCCCGUCACACCUCAUCUAGAGGAAGAUGGAACCAGCCUCCUCAUCAGCUGCUCUCAGUGCAGCGUCCGGUUUCACACCAGCUGUUACGGCGUGGAUCCAGCCAGUGUGAGCAAGGAGUGGAAAUGUGCGCGCUGCAAAGCCAACGCCAUGACUGAGAAUUGCUGUUUGUGUUCGCUGAGAGGCGGAGCCUUGCAGAAAGCGAACAACAACAAGUGGGUACACGUGCUGUGUGCAGUGGCUGUGCUGGAGGCACGCUUUGUCAACAUCACUGAAAGAAGUCCUGUCGAUUUAAGUGGAAUCCCUUUGCAGAGAUUUAAACUGAAAUGUUACUACUGCAAGAAGCGAAUGAAGAAGGCGUCGGGCUGCUGCGUGCAGUGCUCUCAUGGCCGCUGUCCCACUGCCUACCACCCCACCUGUGCCCAGGCUGCUGGAGUACUCAUGCAGCCAGAUGAAUGGCCCUUUGUGGUCCAUGUUACCUGCUGUCGACACAAAGGCCCCACUCAGAUUGAGCGCAAUAAAGCAGCCAUGCAUGAACUUACUGUGGGACAGAAGGUGAUAUGCAAGCACAAGAAUGGCCGCUACUACCAGUGUGAUGUGGUGCAACUGUCUAAAGAGACGUUCUACGAAGUCAACUUUGAUGAUGGUUCCUUCAGUGACAAUCUCUUCCCUGAAGACAUCGUGAGCCGAGACUGCGCUCAGCUUGGACCCCCACCGCAGGGGGAAGUGGUUCAGGUGCGAUGGACAGACGGCCUGGUGUAUGGGGCCAAAUUUGUGGCAGCUCAUGCCAUCCACAUGUACCUGGUGGAAUUCGAGGAUGGGUCGCAGCUAACAACCAAGAGAGAUGAUGUCUACGCUCUGGAUGAGGAACUCCCCAAGAGAGUCAAAUCCAGGCUGUCUAAAGCAUCAGACAUGAGAUUUGAUGGGAUCUUUGAAGAGAAGGAGAUCAUCCAGGAGUCAAAGAGACAGAGAGUGAUCAACUCACGUUAUAGGGGGGACUACAUAGAGCCUGUGAUUUACAGAGCCAUCAUGGAGUAAGCUCACUCCCUGUCUGCUCACCCACACGCCACCAGCACUGACGGGCUGAACUGUGCUCACUGUACCUUAACUUAGCAGCUAGCCACUGAGAGUGUAGCUCCAGAUGACUUCCUUCAGGACCCACUUUGGACUGUUCUCUAUUUUUACUUCUUAUUCAUUCAUCUUUGUCAAGUCAAAGAUAAUUCUAUUUGCUUGGUUUGAUUGCGAUCCAGGAAGCAGCAGUAUUUCUCGUUUGAGUUUUUCCACAGGACUCCACACAGUGCAGCAGGUUGGCGUCCAGCCCUGGCAGUACGUAGCUGUAGGAAGCACUCGAAAAGGGGCAUUUGUUCAGUAAAGUAGCAUUUUGACAGUAAGGCGCCUAUAAAAACAGGCUCGGCUGGAGUUCAACUUUAAACUACAGUAAUGUUAAAUGAAUUGCUGUUUAAAGGAUGAUAUUAGCGUCAUUUUAUUUCUUUUCUGCUGCCAUUAGUGCCUAUGAUACGGAACCUGAUAGGUGUCAAAGGUAAACGUUUUUAAUCAUUUGUACCCUCGUAUUUUAUUGUAAAUCGUAAAUUUGUAAAUGACUAAAUUGUGCCCUCAAAUGGCAGAAUUAAUUCUUUCAAAUUAACAUCCUUAUUGCAAUUAUUCACUUAGUUCCUGUCCCCUCCACUCUCUUUAAUUUUAUAACUAACUUGUGUGCCCAAAUGAUUCAUUUGAUUGGUUGAUUUGAAUUGAGUGCUGGAAUUAUCAAAAAUGUUUGGGGCUGCAACUAACAAUUAUUUUCACUGUCAAAUAAUCUGCCAAUUAUUUUCUCUAUCGAUUGAUUGUUUUGUCUAUACAAUGUCAGACAUUUGCGAAAAAUGCUCAUCACAAUUUCCCUGAGCUAAAAUUGACUUAUUCAAGUUUUUUUGACCAGCGUCAUUAUUCAGUUAUAAUAUAUAUAAUAAUAUAAAACAGAGAAAUGACGCACAUUGGAGAAGCUGGAACCAGUAACUAUUUGGCAUUUUUGUUUUAAAGAAUGACUAAAGCGAUUAAUGUUGAUUCAUUUUCUCUCGAUGACUAUCAGUUAAUCGACUCAGCCAUGCUAGUUUGAUUGAACACAACUUUAUUCAGGAAUAUGUACCAUGUGAACAUAAUAUAAACAAAAAUAUUUAGGCCUUAAAACUAGAUAUUGACAGGACAAGGCCACAACAUUACAGAAUAAUGCAGGACCCUAACAAAUUUACAAGUAAUCAAAUGACCACAAACGAAUGGACACACUGGUUUUUGGGGACACGGGGGGGUCUGCGGCCUCCGGGCUGUCGCUUUGCCCGCUUGGUAAUUAGGCCUUGCUGACUGGUACUGUCAAAUUUGAGUUCCAAACCUGACCCGAAACCCGGAGCUAUUCUUUGCUUGAUCUCACUGAUUACUGUUAGCUCGCCAGGCUAAACUGGCUACACCCUGCCUCUUUUGCUCUUCCCCCUGGGAACUGCGUAUCUACUUGCAACAUAGAUGAUCUGCGCAGUUAGAGAAAGAAAUUUCGAAAUAAAUUACAUUUGAAAAUAACCAUAUCAACACAAGCCCUAUCUCAACAACGAAAAAGGUCAGUGACCUCUUCAGUCAUCAGCUUCAUUACAAAGCGUUUAAUAACGCACAUCAUUGAAACAGGUAUUUUCCUAACACGAGUCAGUAAAGCUACAGUCUUUGGAAUCCAUCGACUCUUUACAGGCAGAAAUCAGAAAUCACUUCUCCUGGUUUGAUCCUUUUAAUUAAAGGAAUACUUCACCCACAAAGUUAGCAUCAGUUAGCUACUUGCCUCUGAUAGCCUGGACUGAUGCACAGGAUGUUUGUACUUCUUCAUGAUCCUUCACGAUAAACAACGUGGCAGCCAUUUCUUGCAACAAUGAAGUUACAGGUAGACUAUUUUUAACAGCAAACACACACACAAAAACACUCAGCGUACUGGGAAUGGUUUGACGUUUUUCUAUACUGUUACAGGUACAAUACCUGAGUUUCUGUGUCGAUACCAAAUCAAUACUUUUUGGAUACCUCACUAAUUGAAGACUUUUGCAGAUUUGUGCCCUUUUUGGGUGAAACUAAAGAAGUUCCUAAAUGUUGUCUUAACACAAGUAGUUGUACAAGAACUUUAAAAACUUUAAACUACAUCACCUAAAAUUAGCAAAAAUUUCACUUGUCAUCAGGAACUAUCUGAUCAAAGAAAUCUGACCCGAUAUUCACUGACAGCUUUUUGGUACUUGACAACUUUCAUUACUCGGUGCUGCAGACACAUUUUGGUUCCAGUCUGCAUAUUUGAGAGUUUAGAAAAUUCAGGGUUUUUAAACAAACAUUUUUUAUAAGGACUGGUUGAGCAUGGCUUUCAUUCAUGACCUUAGUAACAAUAGUGCGACUGAAUAGUCUUAUCUCAAAGGUCCACUUACUAGCUUUUACUGGAGCUUUCAACUGCAGUUUGGAGCUCUGAAAAAGCUUGAUAUUUUUAAAAAGUGUAACCAAGAUAUGUAUUGAGCAGACAUUGACAUUUUACAGUGUAAAACUAAAUCUAGGUUUGAUACGCAGUUUUGGACAAAUUGAGCACACAAGCAGAACACUGCAAACCUGGCAUGAGCAAUUUAAAAGUUUUCACUGAGCAGUUUUUCAUAUUGUUUUGCUGUUUGAAAGAAUCUCCCGACAACUUCAGUAUGUCAAGAAACUGCUAACACUUGUCAGUAGACACUUUUUCCAGACUACAUGAUUGUAACAAAUGGAUACAAAAAUAAUAAUAUAUGGAUGAAGUAUUUCUUUAAGUGGCAGCAAUGCCAUUUAAACCACUGAUUAUGAACUAUUUACUGCAUUCCUUUACAUUUAAUGUAGUACAACUGAAUAUAGCUUUUACAUGUUGACUUGUUUUUACCAGCCUAUUUAUUAAGGUGCUUUGAGAAAGUAACCUCUGCAUUAGACAUGAAUCUGCAGUAAUACUGCGGAGGCUGAGGUUGAUGAUGGUAUGUUCUAUUUUUUCUACAGUAUAUAGAUGAAUUUUAAAGAAUCCAUUCAGAUUUUUAAUGCGCUUUAUCUACCCAGUUUUUUCCUCACUCUUCUACUGAAAGUUGUGCAUUGCACUUUUAUUUAAGUCCAGUUUGCGAGGACAUUUGAAAAGCUGUGUGCUGCCAUUGCUAAUUUGUUAAAAAUCUGUUUUAGAAUGGUAAUUGUACAUUUAGAAAACGUUUUAAGGAUUGUGCGCCCUUCCCUCUUGGCCAAGCUCAUUGAUCACAUUGCACUUGCUACUGGGCCACGGUGGCCUUCAGAUGUCAUCAUUUGCCUGUGAACUUGUUCUUGUUGUGGUGUGAGACUGCAGACAGAGGAACGCUAGUUUUGUAGUUAGCCGUUGCCAAUUCAAAGACCCUGCUUUCAUCAGUCCAUUGGAGAAUACAUUUAUUUUAUUCAUAAAAUAUCGACAGAGUUGUACAUGGGGAGGGGGGGUUUUCUAUUCUAUUUUAUUGCGUUGUUUUGUAAAACAUGUUCUACGUGUAUUUUCACAGAAACCUGUGAAGUGUAAAUGUCAUGUGGUCUAUUUUAAGAUGUUACCUGUUGACCCAGGAGACGAGCUGUCCGUUCUUGUUGUCUCUGGAAAUAACUGAACCUCCAGAUUAUCAUUCAAGCAUUUUGUAAAAUUUGUUUGUUUCAGUAAAGAAAUUUGCUUCAGCGCUA